CGCUAGUGUACACCCGCACGGCACAGGGGAAAGUUUAGUGCAAAACUUCAAGGGGGAUUUGAAAGUUGCAACCAGUACACGGUGGAGAAAAAAAGGCGAUUGACAAGAAAAGCAAAAGCGAAGAAGUAUUUUUUUUGGGGGGGUUUGUUCAGCCGAUUAUUAUUUUGUCGUUCUUUUAAGGGAGGUACAGUUUAUCGGGACGCUGAACAGAAAGAGUUUUAGGUGUUUUUUUUGGUUAUUUCUUUUGACAAAGAAGGAUUGAUCGCUAUUGAGGAGAAGACGGGUUGUUUGGACUUUCUUUAUUUUUGUAUUUAAACACCCACGAAGCAAGAAGACUAACAGCUAAAAAAAUAAAUAAAAACGGAUUAUCUUGCUAGAAACUGUCAACUUGUUCCAUCUACCAACCGCAAAAAAAAUCAAAAAAAAAACUAUCAAACAAAGACUUGUACUCAAACACUACGCGACUUGCGUUCAUCUCCUUGGCUUAUUAUGAGGAAAAAAACAGCUGGUUUAUGAAAAAAAACGACAGCAAUAAUACUACCAAGAAAAAAAAAUCAUUAAAUGUCAUUUGGCGAGCAGCCAGCGAGUUCAGAGGCUCCUCUGUUAUCGACGGAGACAAUAAAACGCAUGUUUUUGUGUUAGCUGCUGUGCGAGACGCACGCUAUUGAAAACACACACACACACAAACUUUGGGUGUAUUAAAAACCAAACCAGAAAGAAGGUGCAUGUUCACCGAUGCGCGGAAGAAAGCAAGCGGGGCUCUACAGCAGCUGACGCGGUUGUUGCUCAUUCCUGGAUCUGCUCUGCCGCGGUAUAUCUGUAUUCAAGAGGCGAGACUCGCGAUGUAUUGCUGGGUGAUUCUAAGCUUCUUGCGUCUGUCCUGGGCUGUGGAAGAAACGCUCAUGAAUACCAAACUGGAAACGGCGGACUUGAAAUGGACAACGUUCCCUAAAACAGACCCACAGUGGGAGGAGGUGAGCGGUCUGGACGAGGAAUCCAACAGCGUCCGCACUUACGAGAUCUGCAACCCCAGCGAGGCCAGCUGGCUCCGGACCACCCUGAUCCCUCGCCGGGGGGCCACACACGUCUACGUGGAGAUCAAGUUCACGAUGAUGGAGUGCUCCUCCAUCCCGCACAGCACCCGCGGCUGCAAGGAGACCUUCAACCUCUUCUACUUCCAGGCGGACAGCGACGUCGCCACGGCCCACUUCCCCGCCUGGAUGGAGAACCCGUACACCAAAGUGGACACCGUGGCCGCUGACCACCUCCUCCGCAAGGGGACCUUCGGGAAAUUCAACACCAAGACCCUCAGCCUGGGUCCGCUGUCCAAAACGGGAUUCUACUUGGCUUUCCAAGCCCAGGGCUCCUGCAUGGCUCUCCUGUCAGUGAGAGUCUUUUACAAAAAGUGCCCGCCGCUCACCGUGAACUUCACGAGCUUUGAGGCGACGGUGCCCCGGAGUCUGGUGGAGGAGGCGACAGGGAGGUGCGUGCCCAACGCCCGCAGGUCCUCGCCGGCGCCCCCUAGGAUGUUUUGCGGGCAGGACGGGCAGUGGGUGGAGCAGGUGACGUCGGACUGCGCCUGCGAUGAAGGUUACGAGCCAGCGGAGAGGAGCACCAAGUGCAGAGGUUGCCCUGUGGGCACUUUCAAAGCCACCCACGGUCCGGGGUCCUGCCAGGCUUGCCCUGUGAACAGCCAAUCAGCUUCCGCGGGGUCCAGCGUGUGCUCCUGCCGUAAUGGGUACUACCGCGCCAGGACCGACCCCGCCCACAUGCCCUGCAGCACCCCGCCCUCAGCCCCUCGGAGCAUUGUGACCCGCAUCAACGACACCUUGGUCACGCUGGAGUGGAGCCAGCCUGUGGACAUGGGGGGCCGUUCUGACCUCUCCUACAACAUCGUCUGUCGCAAGUGCAAGGAUCCGCCGGUGAAGGGGGUCUGCGAGAACUGCGAGGAGAGCGUCUCUUUCCGGCCCCUGCAGAGGGCGCUGUCCCAGCGCAGGGUGGACAUCUGGGGGCUGUCCCCCUACACCACCUACACCUUCGAGAUCCAGGCGGUCAACGGCGUGUCCGAGCUGAGUAGCUCCCCGCCACAGUCCGAGAUGGUCAACAUCACGACCAACAAGGAUGUUCCGGUUCCGGUGACCAGGAUCCAGGAGAAAGAAGUGACCGGGAGCAGUCUGACCCUUUACUGGCCAGUGCCUGCCCAAUCCAACUACCAGAUUCUGGACUAUCAAGUCAAGUACUUCGAAAAGGACCAAGGUGAAGUGGGUGCCAUCCUUCUCAAAAGCAACACCAAUUCCAUCAUUAUUAACGAGCUGAAACGUGGCACGAUCUACGUGGUCAAAGUGAGGGCCAGGACCAUGGCUGGCUACGGCAGCUUCAGCCAGGAUAUCUCCUUCCGCACCCAGCCUGAUGAACAAACUAACAGGGACCAGCAAAUUGCACUGAUCGCAAGUACUGUGGCUGUCGGAGUGCUGGUGGUGGCGAUCGUCAUUAUCGUUGCGGUCGUCUGCAUCAGGAAGCACGGCAACUCCAAGGAUCCUGAAUAUUCCGAUAAACAUGGGCAGUACCUCAUUGGCCACGGAAUGAAGGUCUACAUCGACCCCUUCACUUACGAAGACCCCAACGAAGCCGUGCGCGAGUUCGCCAAGGAAAUCGACGUGUCCUGCGUCAAGAUUGAAGAGGUCAUCGGUGCCGGGGAGUUUGGGGAGGUGUGUCGCGGGCGUCUGAAAGUCCUGGGGAAGAAGGAGAAUUAUGUAGCCAUCAAGACCCUGAAAGGAGGCUACACUGAGAAGCAGAGGCGGGACUUCCUGAGCGAGGCGAGCAUCAUGGGCCAGUUCGACCACCCCAACAUCAUCCGACUGGAGGGCGUCAUCACCAACAGCUGUCCGGUCAUGAUCAUCACAGAGUUUAUGGAGAACGGUGCCCUCGACUCCUUCCUCAGGCUGAACGACGGUCAGUUCACUCCGAUCCAGCUGGUGGGAAUGCUGCGCGGGAUCGCCUCGGGAAUGAAGUACCUGUCGGAGAUGAGCUACGUCCAUCGUGACCUGGCGGCGCGAAACAUCCUGGUCAACAGCAACCUGGUGUGCAAGGUCUCCGACUUCGGACUGUCGAGAUUCCUAGAGGAGAACUCCUCCGAUCCCACCUACACCAGCUCGCUGGGUGGCAAGAUCCCGAUCCGAUGGACCGCUCCGGAGGCCAUAGCGUUCCGAAAGUUCACCUCCUCCAGCGACGUGUGGAGCUACGGCAUCGUCAUGUGGGAAGUGAUGUCGUUCGGAGAAAGACCCUACUGGGACAUGUCCAACCAAGACGUUAUCAAUGCAAUCGAGCAGGACUAUCGCCUGCCCCCUCCCCCCGACUGCCCCAACUCUCUGCACCAGCUCAUGCUGGACUGCUGGCAGAAGGAGCGGAACGUGCGCCCCAGAUUUGCCCAGAUCGUCAGCUCCCUGGACAAGCUCAUCCGCAACCCAGCAAGCCUCAAGAUCCUGGCUCGUGAGGCCGCAGGGCCAUCCCACCCGCUCCUGGAUCAGCGCCUGCCCCCUUUCUCCUCCUUCGUCUCGGUGGGCGAGUGGCUUCGGGCCAUCAAGAUGGGCCGCUACGAGGAUAGCUUCGUGCAGGCUGGCUUUAGCAACUUCGACUUGGUCAGCCAGAUCUCAACAGAAGACUUGCUUCGAAUCGGUGUCACCUUGGCUGGUCACCAGAAGAAAAUCCUGUCCAGCAUUCAGAACAUGAGGGCGCAGUUAAAAAAUCCACAACCGGCUCGAUUCUGACACCCGCGGCAAUACCACCAGACCCCAGCGCCCUUGAACUGGCGGAAAAGCCAACACAGCCUUUCAAACUUUGAUACACCCCCUCCCUUUACCGGGUGGGGAGUCUGGUGCUAAACAAGGCUAAACGUGACAUUGCACUUUCCAUUUGUGGAGGAUUGGGAGCCAUACCUUAACCCUACGCCCCAGACCAGGGGUGUCCUGAGGGGCCAUUAUCCCAGGUUUGUUUAACAGGUAAAAUGAGAUCAUGAACGACUUCAGAGUCCGGAUGGAGGUUUAACUGGUUCAAUUAAACAAUUUUAGAACAGGGUUGGAACAAAGACCAGGAAUUGGAAGGACCAUCUUUGGCCACCCCUGCCCUAGACCUUCUUUCCAAACGGGCUUCCCAUUCCUGUUGGGAGGGGGGUGAAAAGAUAACGGAUUUACGACAAGGACUAAAACAGCACUGAUGGGUUGACAAGAGUCACGAUUCGACCCGCAGACUUGUCACGGUCCCAGUUUCGUGUGCAGGUCUCAGUGAGCUUAAAGCUGUACCCAUAGUGCAGUUUGGUGUGCCGUGAAGUUUGGACUCGGGUGGGAAAAACAACAAGCCAUCGGAUUCUGUGAUGGCCAACAUGAUACUCCGUGAAUCCUUGCACUUCCCUGGAGUCUUAUACCGUGAUGCACCUCCGAAUCGGAACACAAAAGAUUGCUGGACUAUUUGGCAAGGGUUUGCAGGAUCGUGGACUAAAUAAAGUCUGCAGAAUAAAACCUUGAGGGAUUUUUUUUUUGUUUGUUUUAAAUCUGGUCCCUGUAUAAUUUAGACCUGAACUCAAACCCAGCAGGGUCGCUUUGAAAGAUCCUGGGCGGCGAAGAACGAAGGAUUCUAUCAGUGAGAUACAGACAAAAUCCGGAUUUAUUUUAUUUCAGCUCUUUCAUCUUUUAACCUGGAUCUCCUUUACUCUAUCGCAAAAAAUACAUCUUCCAGCCUAAUUUGCCUGCUUUCCUUCUAAAAUUUGGGGCAAGCUUACUCCAGCAACUGCUGUGAAAUUUUUGGUUUUAAGUCCAGUUUGUAGGUCUGGUUUGAAGCCAACAGCGUGGUGGAAUUAAAAGUGGACAAGUGCUCCGAAAAAAACAAAACAAAAAAAAAACUGUGGACACUUUUGUAUUGUGAAAGCCAUAGAGCUGACCUUUGACCCUGAAAGAUGACAUCGCUGUGACGUGCGAAACCACAGGAAUCAUGGGAACGUGAACCAAAUCUUCAUAUUGAAGAUUAUAUUAUAUACCUAUAUAUAUAUAUAUAUAUAUAUAUAUAUAUAUAUAUACACACAUAUAUACAUGUACAAAAAUAUAUACAUUUGUUGGGAUCGGGAGAUUUGAGUAUUUUCCCAAUAGUGUAGCCAGGCGAUCACUCCGAGAAAUUAUUUAGAGCACUGCCAUUCUGUGCAGUUAAUGAUGUUUUUUUAUUUUCAUUAAUUUGUUGUAUGAUUUGCCAAAUAUUCAGUUGCAGGAACUAUUGAAAUCUCCGUUAAUGCCGAGACCAAACGUCUUCAAUCCCUGAUCUGAAAGUGCAAUAUCAAUUCUCAAACUGCUGCAAUUAGCCUUAGCAUCAAUAAACAUGAGAUUCCCUAGAACGGGGGAGGGGGGGGAGGGGCCCAGGCCUGUCCCGGUGAGCCACAAUCCAGCAGGGUUCAUAGGUAGCCCUUAAUCAUCAAUUACUUAAGACUUGGAACAGUUUCUUUCAGACUCAUUAAGCAGUAAUGCUUUCCAUUUAAAGCAGCAAUUUGUUCAAUUAAGUCAUUUUCGAGAUCAUUUUGAAGAAAAACCUGAACACCUCGCAGACCACUGACCAUUCCUGAUUUAAUUGAACACGUUAACUUCAGCUAAAUUCAUUGAACAAUUUGCAUUCCUCAGAAAUGGAUGAUUUCAGGGUUACCUGUCAAACCUGCUGGAUUGUGGCUGUCCCGGACCAGCGUUGGUCACUCCCUGCCCUAGAAGAAUGAGAUAGCACUCAAUUAUAUUUUCUUCAUAUAACCUAGUCUUGUUUCCUGUUGCCAACCGAAUACACAUUUGGAAUGUCUGUGGUUUUAUUGAGUUUUUUCCAUCACUUUUUCUUUUUCAAUUUUCCAGAAAUGUUGACGGGAACAAUUAAGCAAAAUGAGUCGAAUCUAAAACUCUGAGAUAUAUUUCCAAGACACCCCCAGCAAACUGAUUUCGAUCACUGGCUCUGCUGAAGCCUUUCAGAGUGGCCGUUUGCCAGGAUUAAGAUAUAAAUUACAUUUCAGCUAGGCUUGGUUUCAACAAGGAUAUUUAUAAAAAUCGAAUCCCAACGAAAAAUAAUCAAACCCUCCUGCUGUUUGUCAACCCUGUACUCCAAUAUUUCUAUAAUUUAUUUGGCUUCAAUUAGGCUACAUGUUUGCUCACUAAAUAAAAUACCUUCAACUCGU